GUACAAUAAUGAGUGUAUGAGAAUAAUGCUCUUAUUUAUCGGUAAACACAGUAAACAACCCCUCUCUCUCACUCUCUCAGAGAAUUCUAAUACAUCUCAUCUUAUUCUUUUCUCCAUGAUCUUCUACACAUGGAUGCCCUUCUUGCUCUGUCUUCCAUCAUCACACUUUCCUCCCCCUUAGCAAUUGUACCACCUCACUGCGAUGACGAUGAACACUUUGUGGAGUGCAGUUGUCCCUAUUACUGCAAAAGCAUAAAAAACAUUUUGUAACCUUUAUUUUUGGGGAAGAAAAUCGACCUAUAUAUUGCAGUCAUGAAGGGUUUGAGCUAAACUGACACGAAAAUCAAUUCCUGGUUUUUAAAUUUGAAGGACUAAAUUAAGUUUUGCAUACUAAACGUCAACCAAUGUUGUCGUACCAUGAUCAUUUCAAGAUGAAAAAUACUAAAGUUAUUGCUGGGAUUCAACUAUUGCCGAAGAUUCUGUCAUGGAGUAAUGCAAUUAUGUGAAAAAAAAAAAUGCAUUUUAAAAUCUUCUUUACCUAAUAGAAAUGUUCCAUAGAGGAACACAAGAAGUUUUUAAGUAUAAUUUCAAAAUUAUAUUUUUGCCAUUAUGUAAUGAGUACUAUAUUUUCUCUGCAGGCCCCGCUAGCAGGACCAAAAUAUUGAAGCUGAUUAUAGGUGUUGCUGCUUCAGUAGUUGGAGUAUUACUAACCUGCAUCAUUAUUUUCUGGUUUAGAAGUAAAAGAUCAAUUAUUAAGUCAACAAAAUUUUGGACGAAGAAAACAAAGAAUGAGCAAGAUCUUGAGGCCUUCAUUAGAAAGUAUGGACCACUAGCUCUAAAUAGAUAUAAAUUCUUAGAAUUAAAAAAAAUGACCAACUCUUUUAGAGAUAAACUAGGUCAAGGAGGUUUUGGUGGCGUGUACAAAGGAAAGUUACUCGAUGGUCGUCCUGUUGCUGUGAAGGUCCUUAAUGAAUCAAAAGGAAAUGGAGAAGAAUUUAUUAAUGAGGUUGCAAGCAUUAGUAGAACUUCACAUGUUAAUAUUGUUACACUCGUAGGAUUUUGUCUAGAAGGUCAGAAAAGAGCUCUCAUCUAUGAGUUCAUGCCCAAUGGAUCACUUGAAAAGUUCAUACAAGAUGGCAACCUUGAGAAAACCAAUUUGCAUUUAGGAUGGGAAAAAUUGUUCCAAAUUGCAAUUGGAAUUGCUCGGGGGCUUGAGUACUUGCACCGUGGGUGCAACACAAGAAUCUUGCAUUUUGAUAUAAAACCACAUAAUAUCCUUCUGGAUGAAGAUUUUUGCCCAAAAAUCUCUGAUUUUGGACUCGCUAAACUAUGUAUAAGGAAUGAGAGUAACAUAUCAAUGACUGGUACCAGAGGAACAAUUGGGUACAUAGCUCCAGAAGUGUUUAGUAGGAACUUUGGUGGAGUUUCACACAAAUCUGAUGUUUAUAGCUAUGGAAUGAUGAUUUUGGAGAUGGCUGGAGGAAGAAAUAACACUGAUGUUGGAGUAAGCCAAACUAGUGAAAUAUAUUUUCCACAUUGGAUUUAUAAGCGUCUCGAGUUGGACAACGAUAUAGGAUUUCUAAGUAAUAUGACAACAACAGAAAAUGAAAUGGUGAGGAAGAUGAUCUUAGUGGGCUUGUGGUGCAUACAGACAAAUCCAUCUGAUAGGCCAUCCAUGAAUAAAGUGAUUGAAAUGAUAGAAGGAAACAUAGAAGCCUUGAAGAUCCCUCCAAAGCCUUUCUUAUGCUCUCCUCCAAGAUCACUUGUAGAAGAAUCCUCCACCACAUCAAUGCUAUGAAAUUAUAUUUAUAGAUAAAUUUCUUCUUGUGUAAAUAUUGUUGUGUUGUUCUUGCUCCUUAGGUCUAAGUGUGACUAUGAACCUUUCUUAUAUAAAAGAGAGAGACUAUCUACUUCAUUGUCCCUUAAUCUUUAACCUUGCUUUAACCAAAGAAAAUCUCAAUUUUAUGACAAUAAUAAGGGUAAUUUCUUUUGGACAAAUUUUGGGUCU